AGAACCAUAAUAUUCAUUAAAGAGUUUAAAGUAUGAAGAAGUAACACAGAAAAAGUCAAAGAAAUUCAACAUCUACCGUAUAUAUACAUGAAAAAUAACUUUAACCAUAUAUAACUCUGGAAAACAAAUUUUAAUGGAGAGUGAAUAUAAGUAGAUGGAUCCUAUUAAACGUGCCUACAAUUAAUAUUGGUAUUUCAUAUUUGACAUGCUACUACGUGCUUCCAUGUUAAGUCAACUCAAUUAAUCCUCUUGAUGACACAAAAAUUAACAAAUUAUUAUUAAUUUCAAAGUCUACAAGUAAAAAGCAUUGUUAGAAGAGAAAAAUUUAAAAGGAUCUAAGAAAAUCUUUGUUAGUCACCAAAAAUGACUUCUACUUUUUCCAAGAGAAAAACUAAGAUCUCCAAAAAUGAACUUUUUAGCUUAGCUAAACUUGUAUUUCUUAUACCUGUUACAAUCAUCAUCUUCCUUCUCAUAUUCUUAUGGUCGUCAUCGUCCACCAUUAUCUCUGGUAAUGUUAUCCAUCUCUGCUUCCAGUCGCGUAAACUCAAUGAUCUCUAUUGCAUUUCUGCAGGCUCACACUCGAAUCUUGAAGCCUCGAGUUCCCUUUCAUCAAAUCUUACUACUAGUGCAACGAAAUUUGUUGAUGACUUGCAACAAAAAUCAACGCGUCUUGGUAUACCAAUCCCUCCAGGGUACCAUGCCUUUAGAAAUGGCAUGGUUAAAAGUGAUGAGGAGUUGCUUGUUGCUUAUAACGACGUUGAGGAUCAGUUAGAAAUGCAUCGAUCAUGGACAUCAACGAUACAGAAUCAUAAUGCAACGUUAUGUGAUGGCAGGGGAGUUUAUGUGUACGAUUUACCAACAAAAUUUAACAAGGAUUUGGUGUCUCAGUGUGCUGAUAUGGUUCCGUGGGUCGAUUUAUGUGAUUAUUUCAGCAAUGAUGCAAUGGGUGAACCAGUACACAAGCUAGGAAAAGGAUGGUACCAAACUCAUCAGUAUUCUUUGGAGUUGAUAUUUCAUUCAAGAGUUAUGAAUCAUCCUUGUAGAGUACAUAACAUAAGUGAAGCAGAUCUUUUUUAUGUGCCUUUCUAUGCUGGACUUGAUGUAUUGAGAUGGCAUUUCAAGAAUGUAACAAAUGUUGUCAAGGACUCUUUGGGGCUAGAACUUGUCAAAUGGCUCGAGUCGCAACCAACUUGGUUUAAAAGAUCAGGUAAAGAUCAUAUCUUUGUACUUGGGAAAAUUUCUUGGGACUUCAGGAGAUAUAGCAACUCGAAUUGGGGGAGUAGGUUCUUGGAGCUAAACGAAAUGCAGAAUCCGGUGAAGCUAUUGAUAGAACGACAACCAUGGCACCUCAACGACAUAGGGAUACCUCAUCCAACUUUUUUCCAUCCACAAUCAGACAAUGACAUAACAACAUGGCAGUUAAAACUCCUCAACGAAAGUCGAAAAAGCCUGAUAAGUUUUGCUGGUGCAGCAAGGCCUGAUGCACCAGAAAGCAUCAGGUCAAUCUUGAUCAAUCAAUGCACUUCAACCAGUGAUCAAUGCACAUUCAUGAACUGUAGUUCAGGUUCGUGUGAUCAACCCGAGUCCAUCAUCGAGUUGUUCAUUGAAUCAGAAUUCUGUUUACAGCCUCCGGGCGAUAGCCCUACAAGAAAAUCAGUGUUUGAUUCACUUAUAUCAGGUUGUAUUCCAGUAAUAUUUGAUCCAUUUACAGCAUACUAUCAAUAUCCUUGGCAUUUACCACAAGAUUACAAAAAAUAUUCUGUUUUUAUUGAUCAAGAAGAUGUUAGGAACAUGAAAGUUAAUGUUGUAGACAGGCUAAUGAAAAUUCCUGCAGGGGAAAAACAGAACAUGAGAAGAUAUAUAAUUUAUGAGUUGUUGCCUGGAUUAGUGUAUGGAGAUCCAAAAUCCAAGCUGGAGAAAUUUCAAGAUGCAUUUUCUAUAACUAUGAAUAAUUUAUUUGAAAGGUUGACUAGAUUGGAAGUAUGAUAAAUAUGUUAGGUUUCGAAGGGGAGUAUCAGUCGUAACAGGUAAAGUUGUUGUUGUCAUGUGAUCAGGAGGUCAGGAGUUCGAGGUGUGGAGACAGUUUCUUGUUACGUAGGAUGAGGUUGUGUACAACAGACUCCUGUGGUUCGGUUUUUGCCAGAAUAUCCGCACAUAGUAAAAGCUUAGUGCAUCGAGCUGUCUAAUAUUGAUGUUGGUUUUGUUUGCUUAAAUUAAUCACAUGUAUCUUACAUUAGUCAGAAUUUACUAUUCUUUUUUACAUGUUCAUCACCUGUAAGUCAGUUAAGUACUACUUUUUCCCAUCCUUUAAAUAGAAUUGAUAGAGAAAGGAAUGAUGAAAUUUUCAAUGAUUUGUACAAGUAUAUAUACACAAAAAAUAAAGAAAAUUGGAGUAUUUCUACUCGUGUACUUGAGUCCUAUUUCUAGUUGUGUAACAAACUUGUUAAAAAGAAAUUGUCCUUCUGAAGUUGGUGAUUACUUUAUCUAGUGGCCGAUCCAGAAUUUUCAUUGAGGGGUUCAAAAAAUAAAUGUGUAAAUGUGUAAAUAAGACUUUAGAAAUGAGGCCCUUGAAUUUUUUUGGCUCAACACAUUUUAAAAUGAAAAAUAAGGUUAAAACAAGCUUGAAAAAUAGAACUGGUUUUUUCUUUUAAAAAAUAAACUGAAUUAAAAAAGGAAAAUAACAAUAUUUUCAUAUGGAUUUGAAUUGGUGCGUGCAACUUAAUAUUCAGGGGACUUGCUACUGAGUUAUUUAUUUCUAUUUAUUAUUAAGGGAAUUCAAAAUAUAUAUAUCUACAAAAAUAUAGAAAUUUACCUUAUAUAUGAUGUAUUUUUUUAUUGAGGGGGUUCGAAUGAAUCCUAGAUUCAA